AUGGACUGGAACUACGGCCCCGAGGAGCAGGUCCUGUGGCCGGCGUCGGUCCUCGCCGGCGUCCUCAUGUGCGCCGCCUGUUCUGGUCUGCUCUGCUCUGGCUCUUUGGUAACCAGGCCAGUAUAUAAGGUAACUAAAAAGGUUAGCUCAUCGUGCUUCAAGUGUUAUGAUGGAUUAAGUCCAAUGCAAAAGCUUGAGUGGAAUAAUAGGGGCUUCUCUACGGUCCAUGCAUUGGUUGCUGCUGCCGUUUCCUUUUACUUGGUCAUGAUAUCUGGCCUCUUCAGUGAAGAUGUCAAUGGCAUAAUCAUUGACAGAAAGUCAUGGUUAUCCGAUUCCAUGUUUGGGGUCUCGAUCGGGUACUUUUUCACAGACUUGGCGAUGAUCCUAUGGCAUUUUCCAUCUUUAGGUGGAAAAGAAUUUCUCUUGCAUCACGGACUUUCCAUGUACGCAAUCUGUCUUGCUUUGUUCAGUGGGAAAGCACACAUGUACAUACUCAUGGUCCUCUUCACUGAAGCCACCACUCCAUUUGUGAACCUUAGAUGGUAUCUGGAUGUUGCUGGUCAGAAGGAUCACAACCUUUACUUAUACAAUGGAUUGGCUAUGUUUGUCGGAUGGCUGAUUGCUCGGAUAAUCUUGUUCGUAUAUUUCUUCACUCAUGUCUACUCCCAUUAUGAUCAGGUGAAGUCCAUCUUCGCCCUGGGAUUCUACGGCAUAAUGACAGUGCCACCGACGCUGGCCGUGAUGAACGUGUUCUGGUUCCGGAAGAUAUGUAGGGGGAUGGUCAGAACCCUGUCGAAGAUGAAGCAGCAUACCGCAAACGGGAAGACGGAUUAG